AUGAAGGGUUUUAAAAACAAAGUAGUGAGAGCCCUAUCAUUCAAGGAUGAUUCGUCUUCGGAAAACAAAUCUGGCAACUCAAGUCGAAAGAUGAAAGGCCAUGACGGGAGCAGCAAGUCGAAGAAAGAGAAGGAUAGUUCUAGCUCAAAAAGUGAGAAGGCUGAGAAGUCCUCUCGAAAACAUAAGUUCUCUAGUUCCGACAAAAGUUCCUCGUCAAAGGAUAUCCGAAAGCAGAACUCGUAUGACAAAAUUGGCAUCGAGAGGUCGGAUUCCCCCAGCUCUAGUACAAAUGCAGCAUCGAAGAAAUCAGGAACUUCGACGCCUACACAGACAACUACGAACGUACCUUCUCGUGCCCCUACGCCCAUUCAAAAGGAGCCGGAUUUGUUGAAGCUUCCGAUAGCGACACCCAUUGCCUCAGCUCCUUCCUCGCCUAUUGAUAAACUUCUUACCAGUGGUGCGGACGUGGAUCUCCCUGAGAGUUUGCCCACUGGCCCUCGCCGACAGCCUUCAUCACAGUUUCAGGUGUCCGAGCAGCGUGUGCUCCAACGGUUACCUGCUUUCCAUGAGGUCUCUAGUUCUCGCAGGCAAGAAUUGUUUAUAAAAAAGCUGGAGCAGUGUAAUGUCAUUUUUGACUUUACAGACCCAUCUUCUGACCUUGCAAGCAAGGAAAUUAAGCGAGAGGCUUUACAGCAGCUGUUGGAAUACAUUACCAACAAUCGUAAUGUCCUCACGCCAGCAUUGUAUCCUCACAUUGUGCAUACCUUCGCCGUGAAUCUUUUCCGAACGAUUCCACCGCCUGUUAAUGAGGACAUCGAAAGUUUUGACCCAGAAGAAGAUGAUUACUACCUAGAGCCGGCCUGGCCUCAUUUGCAAGGCGUUUACUUGCUCUUCAUUAAAUUCUUAGAAUCGCCAGAUUUCAGUACGAGCAAGGCUAAACCUUAUAUUGAUCACAAGUUCUUCACUAGACUCCUUAGUCUUUUCGACACUGAAGAUCCCAGAGAGCGUGAUCUUUUGAAGACAACACUGCAUCGCAUCUACGGAAAGUUCCUGAACUUGCGAUGCUACAUUCGAAAGUCGAUGAAUUUCGUCUUCUUUCAGUACAUUUACGAGCAAGAGCGUUUUAAUGGAAUUGCAGAGCUUUUGGAGAUUCUCGGAAGCAUUGUCAAUGGUUUCGCAAUUCCUCUGAAGGAAGAGCACAAGACGUUCCUUACUCGUGUUUUGAUACCCCUUCAUAAAGCAAAAACUCUUUACCUUUACCAUCCUCAAUUGGCUUAUUGCAUUGUACAAUUUCUUGAUAAGGACUCUACACUGACGAAAGAUGUUGUCUUGGGUUUGUUGAAGUACUGGCCACGCGUGAACAGUGCCAAGGAGAUUAUGUUUUUGAACGAGAUUGAGGAUAUUUUCGAGGUGCUUGAGCCGUCGGAAUUUCCAAACAUACAAGUACCUCUGUUCCAACAACUUUCUAAGAGCAUUGCCAGUUCUCAUUUCCAAGUAGCAGAACGGGCACUUUGUUUAUGGAACAACGAGUACUUCACGAGUCUUGUUAGUGACAACUUGCCAACCAUUCUUCCUAUCAUCUAUCCAACCCUGUACGAAAACUCAAAAAACCAUUGGAACCGGACCAUACAAUCUAUGACAUAUGGCGUUUUGCGGAUGUUUAUCGACUUGAAUCCUGCCUUGUUCGAUAAAGUUGUUACAGAGCAUCAACGGAAACUUAAUGAACAAAAGCGUAUGCAGAGCGAACGUACCAAGGCUUGGGAAAACAUCGAGGAUGCCGCCGAGAAAAACUUGGACAAACUUAAGUCGCGGGAUGACGUUGAGUAUCUAGACGUCUCUUCCGACCUCGAAAUGGGAAAUCUUAGUCUGAAUGAAUAA